AUGUCGCAGGUGACGAGUUCGGUCCCUUCGAUCAGUGACCUCGAGAAGACCCAAGCCCCCAAGGCCGAUGUCGAGCAACCACCUCUUGAACUUGACGAGAAACCAUCCGAAAUACAACGUCCCCUUCCCCCGGCCGAGCCAGUGAAUCCCUUUCACCCAAGUCAGUUUCCUGACGGCGGUAAGGAUGCAUGGCUUUGUCUACUUGGAGGCUUCUGCUGCCUGUUCUGCUCCUUCGGCUGGAUCAACUGUCUUGGUGUUUUCCAGACCUACUACCAAACUCACCAGCUCGCAAGCUACUCGCCGUCGGCGAUUGCCUGGAUUGCGAGUAUCGAGAUCUUCAUGAUGUUCCUUCCCGGUCCUAUAGUUGGCUGGGCAUUUGACAACUAUGGUCCCAAAUACCUUCUCGUCUUUGGCACAAUCUUCCACGUUUUCGGUCUCAUGAUGACGUCUCUUUGCACAAAGUACUACCAGUUCAUCCUUGCCCAGGCCAUUUGCAGUCCUCUGGGUCUCAACUGCAUCUUCAACACAGCUACAAGCACAAUUCCAACCUGGUUCUUCAAGAAGCGUGGAGCAGCUUACGGCAUCAUGGCUGCUGGUAGCGGUCUCGGCGGCAUCAUCAUACCCAUCAUGGCAUCGCAUCUUAUCCCCCAGAUCGGCUUUGGUUGGACUAUGCGCGCGCUUGCUUUCAUGCUCCUUGGUCUGUUGUGCAUCGCUGCUUUGACAGUCAAGUCAAGACUGCCACCCAGGCCUCGUCCGCUCCGCUUCAAGGUCUUCCUCGAGCCAUUCGCGGACAUGCGCUUCGUCCUCCUCACUGUCUCAUCAUUCCUGUUCUUUAUGGGCCUCUUCAUCCCCAUCAACUUCAUCGAAGUCCAAGCCAUUGCAAGCGGCAUGAGCGUUCGCCUAGCCAGCUACCUCCUCGCUGUUCUAAACGCCGCUAGCAUCUUCGGUCGCAUCAUCCCCGGCACCCUCGCAGAUAAGGUUGGAAACUACAACAUGCAAUCCCUCUGGUGCACCGUAGCCGGUAUCGUCGUCCUCGCACUGGGUCUUCCCGCCUCCGGCAACGCCGCCUACAUUACCUUCGCCGCGCUCUACGGAUUCGCGUCUGGCGCAUACGUAUCCCUGCUUCCCGCGCAGAUGGCACAAAUUUCCGAGGUUCAUCAGAUCGGUGUGAGGGUUGGUGUGACGUUUGCAUGUGUGAGCUUUGCAGGAUUGGUUGGAAAUCCCAUUGCGGGCGCAAUCGUGACCAGUAACCACGGAAAAUACUGGGGACUGAACGUGUUUGCAGGUGUGCUGCUUCUGGCGGGAGCGAGUUUCUUCACACUUACGAGGAUGUAUGUCGCGGGGUGGAAGGUCGCUGCGAAAAUUUGA